AUGGCCCCGGGGGGCCGGGGGGGCCGGGGGGGCCGGGGGCGCUUCUGGCUGGUGCUGCUGUGCUGUGGGGCCGCUCUCGGCUUCCAAGAGGAGGAGCCGGGGGACAGGAGCGUCACCGAGGGGACACCAGGACCUUUGGGGACACCGGGACCUUCGGGGACACCGGGACCCUCGGGGACACCGGGACCUUUGGGGACACCGGGACCUCCAGGGACACCGGGACCUUUGGGGACACCGGGACCCUUGGGGACACCGGGACCCCCCAGCGUGGCCACCGGGGACGGGGACACGGCGACAGCGCGGCCGAGAGCCACCAGCGACCGCCCUGGGAGCGGGGACAGAGCCCGAGCGUCCCCGGCUGUCCCAGCCCGGUUCUGGGCCCCCGUCCUCUUCGUGCUGCUGGCCUUGCUCGUGCUCUUUGUCACCUACCGCAGGAAAAAGGACAAAGGGAUCCGGGACGGGGCCGCGAGCGGCAGCGACUCCUCAGAUUUGGGAGUUCUGUUGCAGCCCCACGUCCACGACCCCACCCCAGAAAUCCCGGCCCCACAGAGGGGAGGGAAGGAUCCCGAGACCCCCCCGGCCCCGGAGCACAGAGAGACUUCCUUCAGCCAGCCGCCGGAUUCGCCCCCGGGCGGCUCCUGAGGGUCCCGGGGGACACGAGGCCACUGCGAGGAACAGCGCCAUAACCCGGAUUUCAUCCCAAAAAUCCCUGGAACUUCAUCCCCAAAAUCCCUGGAACUUCAUCCCAAAACCCCUGGAACUUCAUCCCCAAAACCCCUGGAACUUCAUCCCCAAAACCCCUGGAACUCUCCGCCGGCACGCGCAGCCCCUCUGACGUUUUUCCCCGCGUUUUGGGGUGGAUUUGGGGCAUUUUGGGGGUGGGAUGAGCACGGGAGGAGUCGGGCGUUGACCCCAAAAUUUUGGCCCCCCAAAUCCCAAGGUUUUGGCCCCGCAGAUCCCAAAAUUUUGGUCCUGCAGAUCCCAAAACUUCAGUGGCAAAGAUCCCAGAUCCCUUGAAUCCCAUAAAUCCCAAAUCCUUGGCCCCAGAGGCGCCCCCAGUCCCGAGCCAAAAUAAUUGUGGGGGGAAAAAAAGUCAAAACAGGUUUAUUUUAUUAAAAAAAAAAAAAUUGUACAAUUUUAGUUCCUCUAUGAAAAAAUAAAAAAAUAAAACAAUAAAAAAAAAAAAAACACCAAAAAAAUCCAACCAAACACCGACGGAAAAA